AUGGCCGAAGACAUGCGAACAAGAAAUCUACCGCAGCGUUGUCAGCAUCACUCGUCAAUAUUUCGCAAGAAUGAACACCUAAUACAAUCACAAUCAUACAACAUCAAUGACGUCGCAAUCACCUUGACUGAGAGUAUUACAGGGCAAAUGCAAUGGACCGCUCGUGAAAAACCUCUUAAAGACACCGUCGCUCGCAUUUUGUCAAAACAGGGCGCCGAAACAAACCCAAAAAUCGUCUCAGCCAGCACCAUCUUCUCGCUUAUGAAGUCAAUUGACGAUCUCUGCCUCCUUGGACUACUUUUCCCCACAACCCAGCUCAAUCACGUCUCCCACCCUGUCUUCCUAGAAGUUGGACAGGCGCGGGGUCGCGUAGGGUGGACUCAAUCGCUCCAGGCCAAGGCCGGGCCACGCACAAGCCACAGCAUCCUUAUCCGUCUGAGCACAACCCGCUACUAUGGCGACGACAAGAGGGAGGCCUUGUCGCUGAAGGAAGUCAUACAAGUUGCGAUUCACGAGAUGAUCCACGCUUACUUGCUUCUGCUUUCAUGUCGGCAGAGGCAGUGCGGAGUCGAGUUUGACACUAUGCACCGAGACUCUGAUGGAAGCGGCCACGGGCUUGCUUUCGUCGCCCUGUUGAAGGCUGUUUUGGGGCAGGUUCAGAGCUGGGCGCCGCAGUUGAAGGAGUUUGGUAUGACGGACGAGGCCAUUGAUCCGUAUGAGGACUUUAGUCUCAGGUUGUGGAAGAGAGGUGAAGGUAUUUCGGCAAGGACUAAGGAGCAAAGGGUGUGGUGGCUGGCAGCGAGACCAUUGUAA